CGCAAUCAGUGUUCAUUGAACAGAACUAAUGGAUUGCUGGAGAUGCUGUGGUAUAAGUCUGAAAAUUCUCAUUCUACUGGUUCUUCAGAAUUUGAAUCUAAGUGUAACAGUGUGUGAUACAGCAGAUGGCAUCUUCACCAAUUUUACCAGUGGGGAAGAUUUGGGAACCAUAAAUCGAAACCAAGAACCUUAUUCCUCUACAAACCACGUUGAAUCUUCACAAACGACCACAUGCAAUAAUCUCAGGAAUAUCCAUGACAACAGGCUGAUCUCUUCAAGGAGUGUUUACAGCUUUGACAUCCCAGAAAAUGUAAUCCCAGGUACUAAGGUGGGCUUAGUAACAGCUUCUGCUCCAAAUCAAGGAGUCGAUGACAAGGUUUAUGCAAUUCAAGAAGAUGACGGGAAUGGUCUCUUUGUUAUUAAUCCAGCUACCGGAAAUUUUACCCUGACUCGUUCUUUAGACUUUGAGUCAGCAAAGUAUUACAUUCUCACUGUGAAAGUUCUGAGUACAGAUGAGCAAUUCAAUUUGAUUCGGGCUUACUUCAAUGUGUUGGAUAUCAAUGACAACCCUCCAGUGUUCCAUCCUGAUUCCUACAGUAUUAACAUAAUGGAAAAUGUCCCCAUUGGCACCAGUAUUUUAACCCUGAAUAUAACUGAUGCUGAUGAAGGUCCAAACGCUGCUUUGACAUUUAAAAUAAUCUCAGGGGAUCUCAAUGGGCAGUUUGCAGUUGACAGAAAUGCUGUAGUUACAGUCGAAAAGAAAUUAAAUCGAGAACACCAAUCUGUCUAUGCUUUAAUUGUGCAAGCUGUUGAUCAAGCUCAAUGUGAUUCGACACGUUUCACAAGCAGUGCAUGGAUAACUGUGAAGCUCAAUGAUGUAAAUGAUAACACACCUGAGUUUAAAACUGUGAACACUAUCUACAUUCCAGAAGAUACUUCCAUUGGUUCAGUAAUAAUGACAGUUUCUGCUGUGGAUCUGGAUAGUGGGCUCAAUGGCCAGAUUGAAUACUCUCUGCAGGAACUCACAAGGAACAAGUUUAGCAUCAACACAACAAGCGGAGAACUUAGCAUCAUUGGAGAUCUUGAUAGAGAACUAGUGGAAAGGGUUAUGAUAGAUGUGAUUGCUUCAGAUAAAGGAGAGCCACCACUAUCUUCCUCAAUAAGCAUUACAGUAAUCAUUACUGAUGUUAAUGACAACAGUCCUAUCUUCAUGGAAAACAUUUAUACUGUCACAGUGGAUGAAAAUAUACCUCGUGGCUCAGAUUUGCUCAUCGUUUCAGCUACUGACUCUGAUGAAGGCAAAAAUGGGCAAGUUCGAUAUGUUCUUAGCAGCAAGGACUUUUGCAUUGAUUCAGUCACGGGACUAAUCUCAGUUUCUGGAAAAUUGGAUCGUGAAAAAACUCCAUGGUAUUCCUUUGUGGUAUUUGCGUUGGAUGAUGGAAAGAGUCCCAAGUCAGGGACAGCUACUGUCAAUGUUAUACUCAGGGAUUUCAACGAUUUUGCACCCAUCAUCCAGCCCAUGCAAGUGACUUUUCAUCUCAUGGAGAAUACAAGUACAGUUCCACAAAUUGUGCAUCAGGUACUGGGACGUGAUGAUGAUCUGGGCUCCAACAGUAAGCUGACCUACCAGAUUAACCUUGGAAAUGAAGAUGGCAAAUUCUCAAUCUCAGCAAAUGGAAGUCUCAGCCUCGUGCAGAGUCUAGAUAGAGAGAUUCGAGCAGAAUAUAUGCUGGUGGUGACUGCCACAGAUGCAGGUGAUCCACCACUUACUGGAUCUGGAACAAUCAGAAUAAUUGUUGAUGAUCUCAACGAUAACACUCCUCUUUUUGACCAACGUCAAUGCAGUGUCACAGUCAGUGAAGCUGCCCCCAUUGGCUUCAAGGUUUUAACUGUCCAUGCGGUCGAUCCAGAUGCUGGAGGGAAUGGGCAAGUCAGGUAUGAUGGCAAAACAACCUGGAAGAUAAUAAAUUUCUACUCAAUGGAUUUUGGAGAGUCUCCAUUCUCUAUUGACCCAAUCAGUGGAGAAAUUGUUACUACUUCUACUUUGGACAGGGAAAUGCAGACAAGUUAUACACUGAUUGUUCUAGCUACUGACAAAAAUCACAUGGAGCCAUUGUCCAGUUCAACCUUAGUGUUGGUCAUAGUAGAGGAUGUAAAUGAUGAGCCACCUGAGUUCCUGAAUGAUCCAUAUGUCGCAAAUGUCCCUGCAAUUCGAAAUGAGGGUUCAUUUGUUUACGCCGUAACAGCAAAAGAUAGAGAUACAGGAAUAAAUGCUGACCUGAGCUUUUCCUUGUAUGGCCCGAAUGCAAACAAGUUUGCUAUUGAUCCAGUUAGGGGUGUGAUUUUUGCAAAACAGAUAUUGAAAGGAUUAAUGGACAUUACAGUAAUUGUUAAUGUAAUUGAUGGAGGAGACAAUCCAAAAAUGGACAGUACAACUCUUACAGUGCGGUUUCAAAGUACCAAUGACUUCCCACAAUUCUUCGUGGAUAACAAAGUGCAUGUCUAUCCUGAAGAUCAAGCAGUCAAUACUGUGAUUUCUAAGGUCAGUGCCUUUGGCAACGUGAAAGGAAAAAUUAGACCUAUUCUCUUUUAUCUUGUGGCAGGCAACUUUGGAGAUGUGUUUCAAAUGGACCAACUAACAGGAGAAUUGACGAUAAAAAACACGUUGGAUUUUGAGAUUGUAAAAUAUUACCAGCUCUGGAUUGAAGCCAGGAAUUCAGGUUCACCACCAUUUUCUUCUUAUGCCAGAAUAGACAUAAAUAUUACAGAUGUAAAUGAUAAUUUUCCUGAAUUCAAACAGAGUAUCUACAGAUGUGAAGUAUAUGAGAAUGUUCCAGCCUGUGAUGUUUGCAACGUAUCUGCAGCUGAUUUGGAUUCUGGUCUGAAUGGAUUCAUAGAAUAUAGUAUUUUUGCUGGAAAUGUUAAUGAUGCAUUUAAGAUCAAUAGUUCCAGUGGAGUCAUAAGAACUGCUCAGAUGUUGGAUAGAGAACAGAUGGCAUUAUAUACUUUAAUAGUUAAAGCAAAAGACCAAGGAAGCAACACCAAAACAGGCACGGCAACAGUCAUUAUUUCUGUCCUUGACAAAAAUGACAACGCUCCUCGGUUUUCCCAAAUCUUCCUUGCGCAUGUUCUUGAAAACGCUCCAGUUGGCUUUACCAUUGUACGGAUUACAACUACCGAUGACGAUAUUGGUAUGAAUGCAAUUAGUACAUACAGUAUUCCAGGUAAGACAGCAAGUCUGCCAUUUGGCGUGAAUCAAAGCACUGGAGAUUUGAUUGUGACAAGGUUAUUGGACAGAGAGACAACAGAUUGGUACAUUGUACGAAUACAUGCCAAUGAUUCAGCAUGGGAUGUAAACACAGAUGUCACCAUAUUCGUCAUUGAUACAAAUGACAAUGUACCACAGUUUACUGAGCCAUUUUACAGUUUAACCAUUCCAGAACCUAAGGAGAAAGAAAUGUUUGUUCUGCAAGUAUCUGCCACUGACCCUGAUUUGGAAAGCAAUGGAAACAUUUUCUACAUGCUUCAGCCUCCACAUGAAUUCUUCAGAGUGAAUGCAACUACUGGUGAGAUUUUCACGAAGCAACUCAUUCCAUUUAAAAUCUUAGAUAACCCUAGUGGUGACUGGAACAAAAUUAAUUUUACUCUAACUGCCUCAGACCUUGGUGAGCCACCGAAUCUCAGUGAGACAACUGUAACAAUUACUAUCAUAGCUCGCAAUGAUCAUCCCCCUAUAUUUUUACCACAUAGACAGUUAACUCCAGUUCCUGUGAAUUUGGAGUUUGGCACCAAAGUGAUUAAACUAACUGCAGUUGAUGAAGACUCAUAUUCAAAUGGAGAACUAGAAUAUUAUAUCACUGGAAACAAUGGUUCAUUUCUAUUUGGCAUUGAGCAAGAUAGUGGCUGGAUUUUCAUUGCAAACUCUUUAGCUUCAAGUCUGAACAAAGUUUUCACUGUAUCAAUAACAGCACAUGAUAAAGGCACACCAUCCCUUUCUUCUAGUACAAUAGUCAACUUUAUAGUCACUGAAGAAAAUAGAUUUGCCCCACAAUUUUUCUCACAGCAACUGAGUUAUUUCAUUCCUGAGGACUGGUCUGCUGGUUCGCUUAUAGAUAAUCUUACUGCCUUUGACAAUGACCAAGGGGUAAAUGGCCAAAUCAUGUACUCAAUAGUAGCUGGCAAUGAUGGAGCAUAUUUUUCUAUUGAAAACACAACUGGGUUGCUCACUUUACUUAGAAGUUUGGAUUUUGAAAUGGAUUCUGUUUACAUUCUUCAGAUUUAUGCUGAAGAUGGUGGAUGGAUGUCAAAGACUGGUUCUGUUAAUGUUAUUAUACAAGUCGAAGAUGCUAAUGACAAUCCUCCUGUAUUUUGUGACCAGGUAUUUUUUGCAACUGUGGCAGAGAACUCACCAUGUGGUACUACAGUCUUUAAAGUUAAUGCUACAGACAAUGACUCUGGAAUCCAUGCUGAGAUAAAUUACAUUAUUGAGGGUGGACAUCCUGAAUUUUUUAUAGAUCCACAGUUUGGAAUAAUUACUGUGCAAGAGAUUUUAAAUUUUGAGCUGCAUCAGUUUUAUGAAGUAACGGUCAGAGCAUUUAACACUCAUGACAGUAGUAAGUUCAGUCUGGCUAAAGUGUAUGUUAAUGUUACAGGUGUGAAUGAAUACAUCCCUCAAUUUGCUAAAACAUUGUAUAAUUUUUCUGUUUCAGAGAAUGCACUCAAUGGAACUAUUGUAGGCUGUGUGACUGCAACUGAUUGCGAUCUUGGUUUUGAUGGCAUUGUUAACUAUUUACUUAUAGGAAAAAGCAAAGAGAGAGGCUUUCAGAUCAAUAUGAACACUGGGGAGGUAGUUGUCUCUGGGAACAUGAAACAAAACAGAGGUAGUCAUAUUCUUCUUCAAGUGCUUGCUAAGAAUAUUGGAAGCAUAAGUGGUUUUGAUGUGGAUGAAGCACUAAUUAAUAUUACUAUUCUCGAAGAUAGUAAUGCCCUCAUUUUUAAAUCUGCCAUCUAUCAGACACAUGUGAGAGAAGAUUCACUCGUUGGCACUUCAGUCAUAUCUCUGAUGGCUGAUAACUCAGGCACCAUUCCAGAAUGGAAACAGUUUGAGAUUCAAAUUAAAGAUGGAAACAAAAAUAAUUCAUUUUCUGUGAAUUCUCAAACAGGUGAAGUGUUUAUUGCAUCUUCACUUGAUAGGGAGACCACGCCAUUUUAUAACUUGACCAUUACUGCUUUUCGUAGAGGGACCAGCCCAGCAACAGGGAAUGCACAACUGAUGAUCAUAGUUGAUGAUGUGAAUGACAAUGGUCCUAUUCUUGUUAGCACUGAAGGAUACAUAAUGGAGAAACAACCGCCUGGUACGCAACUUAUUUACCUGAAUGCUACGGAUCUGGAUUCACUCCCCAAUCAAGGGCCAUUCAGGUACCAGCUAGCAGAUAACAGUAAUGCCAGUAGUUUUGUUACAUUGUCUCCAGCUGGUGUUCUGUCAACGCAGAAAAUGAUUGAAAGGGAAAUCAUCAGUGAGUUGUAUCUGCCUAUAAUUGUGCAUGAUUCUGGAAUUCCAUCUAUGUCUUCAGUGAGUAUUUUUCAUGUCCUUGUACUAGAUCAAAAUGAGAACGUUUUUCAGCCGAGAAACCUUUAUAUUCAAAUCAAUUAUUAUGGCAAAUAUUUCCCUGGUGGAAAGGUAGGUAAUGUAAUGUCAGAGGAUCUGGAUGUGCCAAAUAUAUUCAACUGCAGCAUAGUAACCAAUUCUACCACCCAUUUCACGAUCACAACAGACACCUGUGAACUGCAAUCUGGAAAACAGCUUUCUGAAAAGGACUUCAAUCUUACAGUCCGGGCAAACAAUGGUUUUCAUAGUCCUGUGUCCAGCAAUAUUUAUAUAAAAUACAAACAUUUUAAUAAUGUCACAAUUGACAAUAGUGUUCUUCUUCUGGUCAGAGUCUCCAUUAGAGAGUUUUUGGACAAAAAGUAUUUGCAUUUUGUCAAGACUGUCGAUGACCUCAUAAGCAAAAAUAACACAAAACUCUACGUUUUCGGAAUGAUGCCCAUGAGUAGGCAUGUCCUCCUGAUGGCAGCUAUUGAAAAGAACAAUGGGCAGACUCUAUCUCGAAGUACUUUAAUAGACAUUUUCACCACUCAUGAACAAUGGCUGAGAACUCAUACUGGAAUCACAAUUUCUGCAGUUACUUAUGAUCCAUGUAAAGUUCCUCUGUCAAUUUUCUGA